ACAUUAGCAACUGCGAUUUAAAAGCCUUUUACCAAGAUAUGACACGACCCAAGGUUAGAGUUAAAAUAUGGAGAGUGGUGUAACCACAGUGUUGUGGGCAGAACUAAUUAAUCAUCUGAAAUGCCACGAUUGCCUUUGUUGAAACUGAUGUUUACCUCAAAUCAAACAUACACAGUUAACUUAGCUAAGUUAGCCCGGUGUGGAAAUAAUGAUUUGUGCUGCCACGUUAUAGUUAACGUUACUCUACAUUAAUUUAUUUUCAGCACAGUGAGCGAACUCGUAUUAAAAAUGAACUCUGUUGUUAAACGCUUCAGAAAAAUGAAUGAAGCUCGGUCACAAAGCUGCUGCGGCAACGUGAAUGGUGCCUGCCUUUUAUUCAGUCAGAAAAUCGUUUGAAAGACUCAUUAUGGCAAGAAACAUUUUAUAAUCACACGUGUUUAUACCCUGAAUGAUGUGAACUGUCAAACCUAAAAGUCCUAAAGUGUGGUGAUGGUGCUCACUGACUUCCAGGACUCUGUUAAGGUGCCAUUUGGGUCAAAGCAGCUGGAUGCAGCCUUGUGUUUUCCUGCCUCUGUGCAAGGUGUUCACACGGCCGUCAUUCUCACGCACGGGGCUGGUGGAGACAUGAACUUCAAACAUCUGGUUUCUCUGGCACGUGCCCUGGCUUCAGGUGGCUUCAUUUGUCUCCGUUUCACAUGUAAAGGUUUAAACUUGGGCUACAGAGUGAAGGCUUACUAUGCUGCAUGGGACUACUUGAAAUCACUACAGAAGUUUACCAUAAAGCACAUAUUUGUAGGAGGCCGGUCAAUGGGAUGUCGUGCUGCCGCAGCUUUAGCCAGGCAGCUGAGUGAUGUCUCAGAGGAUGCAGUGCGGGGAGUCAUCAACCUCUCUUUCCCCCUGCACCCCCCAGGACAGACACAAGCCCAUCGACAACGGAGUGAAGAUCUCAGGGGGCUACCUGAACACAUGCCUGUGCUGUUUGUGUCAGGCACCGAGGACAACAUGUGUGACAGGGUUCUUUUUCACGGGAUGUUAAAAGAAAUGAAAGCUCAAGUUGAGGUUUUCUGGCUAAAAGGAGGCAGCCAUGGACUGACUGUGAAAGGAAGGUCUGAGGAUUCUGUGGUGGAUGAAGUGAAUUUACAAGUCCUCACCUGGAUUACGAAGCAGGGAGCAUAGAUUAAUUUAUAUUAUCUGUUUUUCUCCCACCUUUGUUUUGUUAUGUUUUACUAGUUAAAUAAAGGAUAUAUAUUUUUACACAA